GAUUAGAGUCCUAUUACUGUUCAUUAAUACGCCGCUAAAAGAGGAUGAGAUUGGAUCCGCGAUUCUAUAUGUCCCUGUCCAACCAGUCUGAAAAGCCCAAGAAGGCGAUAGAUAAGUCCCAAAGUAAGACAAUGGUGUUAUCGGACGAUGUCGAACUCCCUGCCCAAGUGGCGAAUGUCUCGCGAGAGGAUUUACGAAGAUACGCGCAAUGCAAGCGAGUAGGCAACUUUCUUCUCGGACGAACUGUUGGUGAAGGAUCAUUUGCAAAGGUCAAGGAAGCUAUUCAUAUUUUAACAGGCGAAAAGGUUGCGAUAAAAAUCAUCGACAAAAAUCGUGCGCGAAAAGAUCGUUACGUGUCGAAGAACAUGCGUCGCGAGGCACGCCUGCUGCAGAUGAUUCGCCAUCCACACAUCGUGCAACUGUUAGAGAUCGUCGAGACCUCUCAGAGUUAUUAUCUCGUGUUCGAGUUCGCUGAUGGAGGGGAUCUCAUGGAUCACAUUUGCAAAAGAAAGAAACUGGAAGAAGACGAAGUGAGAAAGUUUAUCAGACAAAUCAUAUCCGCUGUGGAGUACUUACAUCGUCUGGGUAUCAUGCAUAGAGAUCUAAAGGUAGAAAAUCUUCUAUUGGACGCAAACAAAAAUAUCAAGAUAAUAGAUUUUGGGCUCAGUAACACGAUCUACGCAACAGACCAUAACAACGAGAAUCACUGCACAACUCAAUGUGGCUCGCCUGCAUACGCUGCGCCUGAACUUCUUGUUCGAAAGGAUUAUGGCCCGCAGAUUGACGUUUGGAGCAUCGGCGUUAAUUUGUACGCGAUGCUGACAGGACGUCUUCCAUACACAGUAGAACCGUUCAAUAUCAGCACGUUGUAUAACAAGAUGUUGAAACGACAGAUGAACGUAAUACCCGAGCAUUUAUCAGAUGGCUGCAAAGACAUGAUUUCCAAGCUCUUAAACCCCGAUCCGAAGGAACGAUUACACAUACUGGAGGCAGUAAGACAUCGAUGGAUAACCAUGGAUGAAAGAGAUCCUCUGGUGCUCCUUACAUGCCCUAACUACCUCUGCGAGGAGGAUCUGGAUGAUCGUAUUUUAGAUCACGUGGAAGAAAAGCUGAAACUAAACAGUGAUGACGUCAUACGUGACGUAAUUCAAAACAAGGCGACAAAGAACUCGUGUGUCUAUCAUUUGCUUGUACGUCGACUUCAGCGCUACGAACGAGAGCAGAGGAAACUAAUGGCCGCAUCACCAGCACCAACCAUCAAAAUCACAGAGCCAAUAUCACCACCGAGUACGGAACACACACCAACGCCUACCAAACAUCAGCCAACAACCCAAAAGAAUGGUUUGGUGAAACGCUCUACACCCAAAACCCACAUCAUGGAAAAUCCAUUUAAGACCAUAAAAGUCGCUUUAAUAAGACAGAAAAAAGCGGCGAAGAAUGAAGAGAAAUCAAAACGAGGAAAAACGCCAAAUCCGGAACCACACUCGGCAACUACCGGCGAGCCAGCGCACAAACCCAAGCUCUGCGCAGUCAAACGAGUGGCUCUCGUGAAGUUUUCGCCCGUACGCCGAAGCCUACGUGGGCUGACGAGCUGUUCACGGAAUUCUACGAACAGUCCAAGGCCCGGCCGAAGAAAGGCCGGUUUCGAGGGACUUCAACAGCGGCGUAAAUCACCGAAGGUUCGCCGUCGACACGCGGAACCCGACGACGGUUUCUCGAGCACCGCUAGCAUUCCGAAAAGGAGAAGCAUUGACAGUUCAGCCAACGCGGCAGCAAACACAGAACGCAUGCGUAUUGAUGAUCAAAAUAAUAACAACACGCUUCCAAAUAGUCAGAAUUCAAAAACUUCGGUCGGUGAAGGAAAAUUAACACUCGAAAAUUCAGAUUUAAAAUCUGUGAAUUUUGCCAGUAGUAACACGCUGGAAAAUAUCUCGGAGGAUGGAAUCGCCGUGCGAGAUAAGGACCCGGUACCGGAAACUAUCACCCACUUAUAUACGGACAGAGGUGUUGUGUUGAAGCGUGACACGUCGUCGGAAAGGAACGGCACGGUUGAUUACGAACGAGAACAGGCUUGCAUGCAACAUCACGUGUUCAAAGACAGCAGUGUAGGCAAGGGGAACACAGAAGAUUUUAGAGACAAACAGGUGAAUCGAGGGAUAGAUGGGGUUAAAAGCAAACAAGGGACAAUUGAAAGUUGGCUGUCUGAAGUGGAAGUGGUUAACUCAAAAAUUUCAUCCAUACCAGUAAAGUCAGCUGAAACUGUAAAGUCGCCAAACAAGUGCCCUAGUGGCUCGAAUACCCAAGUAUCAUCAUCGUUGCAAACACCCAGAAAUAAUUCACAAAAUACCAGAGCAUGCCUUCCAAAACAUCUGGAAAGAAAACUUGUCACACCCAGAAGAUCCCCUUAUAAAUUGGACAAUUCUUCGAAAAUCCCCGUUCUUUCUGGGAAACUCUCUUCAAACUCUCGCCAGACCCUGCUCUCACAAACACGGCUGGCGCCCAGGACAUCUACGGCCAACAGCAGAACCCCGGGCACUGCGGCCAGAAAGAACGAUGUCGCAAGGUUAGCGGACAAAUACGACAAGUGCGUUUCGGUAAUGGUCGUGGAACGUUCGAAGGAUGUCGGGAAAAAGUCGGCUAAAGAUAAUCAGAACUCGACAGCAGUCGUUAGCGGUCUGCGUACUGACGGUAAAACUUUGAAGCUUGCCGGAAAAUGUUCGGCUAACGGCGGCACAACUUCGUCGGAUGCCGGCAAAAGCUCUACUGAUAACAAAGGCUCCAAAAGUCCCGGAAAAGGUUCCGUCAUUGUCAGCAAAGUUCCGAAUGCUGGCAAAAAAAGCUUGCCUAACAAUACUGAAAAUACGACGGGAGCAAAAGAUGGUUCGGCUACAAACGACAAAAGUUCCAAGGCUACCGGGAAAUCUUCGGCUUCCGAAGGCAAAAUGUCGACAGUUGCCGGAAAUAAACGGACUAAAGAGGAAAGUAAUACAAAGAGAAAGGAAGUUAAAGGUAUCAAUAAUUCAGGACUAAACAGAAAUAAAUGGAGUGAGAAGGUCACAGGAAAGACUCCGAAUACAGUCGCGAGCCAGAAAGGAAAGAGUCUUGAGAAGAAAGGCCGUAGUGUUGAUGCAAAUGCAAAAUCACUCGGUUGCAAGGAGAAAACAGUAAAAGUUGUGGGAAAUGGUAAUGGAACGAAAGAAAAAAACGCCACUGAAAAUAUAGAACAGACAAGAAAUAGUCCGCACCAGCCGAAAAUUCAAGAUCAACCUGACAGAAAGCCAUCACUGGUGAAGUCAGCAAAGGAAAGUCUUGCGUCCAACGCGUCCCGAAAUUCAACAAAAAACUCGAAUAACAUCGUCGAAAAUACGAAAAAAAAUUCGCCCAACGAGCAAACCACUAAAGUUCCAACAGUCGAAGGCCCCAGGCUCCUGCGUCCGAGCGUCAAAUCACAACAAACAAAAGACGGCAAAGAUUGGACAGGCGAUGAAAGACGAAUGAUUUGCAAUUACAGAAAGACCAACGAACCGUCUCAAACGAACGCGGCUGUAAAAUGCGCAACAAAGACUGCAACAAGCGUUGGAACUCCAGGUUUUAGAACAAGUUAACGAAUACGACUUUUCGCACUUUGUAAAUUAAGCCACUGGACUGGAAUAUAACUGGAAUGAUACCCCCUUAUAUUUGAAACCAAUUCACGGGAAAGCACGGGGCAGGGCCGAUUGACAUUUUUUUAUCGCAAUCGCUGCGUAAUACUAAUAAGGCGAUCCUGUAAUGCCAGAUAUUGUAUAUAUAACUUGCCUGACUGAUUCCUAUGCGGUUCACUAUGGUGCUGGAAACGCCAUAGAUGUUGAGCAAGACUCGCAGAUGCGACCGAUCACUCGGGGUAAUUUUGAAUGCAGACUGCGGUACAGCACGUUGAUCGCGAAGUGUUUACCAGGGUUUGGGGUUAACUCCCUCUCACCUCCCUCACCCAAGUGUGACUCAAAUACGAUAAUAAUCCCAAGUUCAAAAAAUCCUAAUUACUCGAAAUUUAUCCUUGAAAUACGUUUAGGAUUAAGAUUAGAGUUAAUCCUAAUCAAGCAAAAUCUUAACCAAAUCGUACGAAUUAAAUUCGUCUAUUUGGGAUUUAUUGAACAGGGAAUUAUUACCUCAAAUACCACGGACAGUAGGUCGCUCGUGAACUCGCGUACAAGAAGCGAGAACCGCGCUUUUUUAAAGUUUUCACACAAUUUUUUUAACAUUUCACAGGCAUGGGUAAAGUAAUACCGGGAUAAAAUGUAUAUAGAUUUUAGUAUGAUUACAUGAGCAUAAAAGAAUAUGGCCUUUUG